AUGCAUCAGAGAUCAUGCAAAACCUACAAAUCUCUAAAAGCUAACAUUUCCAACGUUGAAACAGACGACGAUAGCGACGGCAGACAAGCAGCUUUCAAACACACGUCAACAACAGCAGCUAUUUCAAAGCCCCUACUAGGAAUAAAAAUGCCCAAAUCUUCAAUACACUGGUCCGAAGCUAACGCAUUUUUCCAAAUGGAACUCAAACCUCUAGAUAUCAUAUCAGAUAUCGACAGCUUCGCUAUCAAGAGACGAGUUUCAAGAAACGACAUAUCUUACUUUGCAGCCAACUGUGCUGGAUUCCUCCUCUCCCCACUCCAUCAUACGCCGGUAAUCUGGAUCCUCCAACUUACAAUGAAAUUACGAAAAUCAUCAGAAAAAGUAAAGCUAAAGUAUCACCGUGUCCACUAG